AUGCUCGGCGCUGUCCGCCUCGCCGCGCCGUGGCUGGGGCAGAUCGGCGCGGCCUGGCUGGCGCGGCCGCCGGCGUGCCCAUCCUGCCCGGCGUGCCCAGCGGUCGACGCCCGCUGCGAGCCGCGCUGCGGGGCUUGCCCGACCUGCCCGGCCUGCCCGGCCUGCCCGGGCUGCCCGGCGCUGACCUGCGGCGCCUCGCCGGAGCUGUCGUGCCCGGCGUGCCCGGUGGCCCCGCACGCGGCGGCCGAGCCGGAGGCAGCUGGGUCCUGCCCCUCGCCCGCCUCGGCAGAGUGCCGGGGCUUCGGGGCCGGGUUCGCCUUUGGCCUGCUCGCCGGCGCGCUGCUGGCGGUGGUGGCGGCGGUGGCCCUGCAGGCGCUGCGGCGGCUCGCGGGCUACGCCUGUGCGUGGCUGCGCCAGGGGCGUGACCUCGAGAUCGACGAUCUGGGCGCAGAGGCCCGCGCACAGCGCGUCGUGGUCGCCCUGGACCCCGGCACCCCUGGCACUGCAGCGAUCGUCACGGUCGACGGCGAGGAGUACGACGAGCAGGUGGUCGGCAACGCGGACGUGCUCCACUGGGACCUGCUGCCUGGCGGGGCGCCUGGCGGGGUCUUCCCGUGGGCGCCGGCGGCGAGGUACUACCGCUUCCGGACGAUCCCCACGGUCGCGGCGCUCACCGCUGCCGCCGGCCGCGCCUGCGCCCGCCUGGGCCUCGCGGCGCCCGCUGGCCCCGUGGUGCCCAAAGUCGCCGGGCGUGCCCCCGCUGCGGCAGCCCCUGCGGCGGCGCCCGCGGGCGCCCUAGCGCUGCCGGCUGGCGGUGCGCCAGGCCCGGAGGGCGGCGGAGUGGCCGCGCUCGUGGCUGCGUUCGGAGGCCCAGCAGGCGGCGCUGCCGGUGGCGCACUCGCCCCGGCGCCAGCUCCAGUCGCUGCUGCGGUCGCACCGGCGGCUCUUGUCGCAGGGGGGGCCCCCGCGCCGCCCGCUGGGCUCGGCAUGCUGGCCCCUGGGCCAGCCGGGCCUGCCGUGGCCGCCGCCCCCGGCGUCGCGCCGCCUGCUGCAGUGCCUGCGCCCGCGGGCGUGCCGGCUGGCGGCGCCCAGGCCAGCCCUGGCGGCGACGCCCGCAUCUUCGCCGUCGUGAGGGGCGCGCGAGGAGUGCGGCGUGCCGACUUCCGGGUCAUGGUCGCCCAGAUGGUCGAGUUCCCUUGGCCUGACUGGCCAGUGCGCGGACCGCGCACGCUGCUGUGGGUGCUGCAGCACAUGGCUCAGAGGUCGGGGACUCCGACGGCCCACCACCAGCGGUGGCUAGCGGAGACCGGGCUCGACCCCGAGUCGCCGGGAGUGGAC